AGAAGAGCAUUAGAGGGAGCCUUGCCAGGAGACCUGAGGGAGAGCCAUGGCUCGUCCACUCCACACUCUGUAGCGGCACUAACACAGUGCCAACACUUUAUUAUCGUCGUGUACACACACUCACACUCGCCAUGGACUCCCUGGACACCCUCAAGCAGGAGCUGGAGAGGCUGAACCAGGAGUUGGACCAGACGAGCAGCGAGAAGAACCAGGCUGCCCAGUACGGCUUGGUGCUGCUGGAGGAGAAGGAGAGUCUUCAGACAAAGUGUGAGGAGCUGGAGAGUCUCUACGAGAACACUAAGCAUGAACUGGAGAGCACCAGAGAGGCACUUGCCAAGUUCCAGACAACUCACAGAGUAGCCACAGCUAGUGGUAUUGAGACAGAAGAAAGCCUUCUCUCUGAAUCUGCAGCUCGAGAAACUUCUCUCAAUUCACAAAUUAUUGAACUUGAACUUGAAGCUAAACAGUGCCGAGCAGAACUAGAGCGUGUUCAGAGUGAGAAGUCUCGCUGUUAUGUAGAGCUUGCAGACCUGCUGAAAGAUAAAGAAAUUACCGACCAUGAAAAGAAGCAAUUAAAAGCAGAAUUGAAAGACUUAAAGUUCCGCGAGACACGACUUUUCCAAGACUAUGCUGAACUGGAGGAUGAGAAUAUCACGUUACAAAAGCAGAUAUCCAAUCUCAAGUCAUCUCAAGUUGAAUUUGAGGGAGCUAAGCAUGAAAUUCGCCGCUUGCAAGAAGAGACAGAGGUGCUUAACCAGCAGGUGGAGGAACUGGCAAACCUUAAGAAGAUUGCUGAACGACAGAUGGAAGAAGCACUGGAAUCCCUUCAAGCUGAGAGAGAGGCCAAAUAUGCACUUAAGAAAGAGCUUGAUGGGCGAAUGAAUUCAGAGUCUAUGUAUAACUUGUCAAAUCUUGCUAUGAGCAUGAAACUCUCAGGUAGUACAGACUUCGGUGAAAGUGACGGUGAGGAUGAGACGCCAGUUCUACGGAGACUGGAGUCAGAGUUAAUGAGCGCAGGAGGAGGUACGGAAUUGGGAGGUGACCUCUUCUCAGAGAUCCAUCUGAAUGAAUUGCGUAAGCUGGAGAAGAAAUUGGAAGAGGCAGAGCAUGAGAAAAAUCAGUUGACCACCAACCUGAAGGAGAGUCAGGAAGGGCUGGAGAAGACUCGUGGAGAACUGGAUGCACAGCAUGCCCGUGUCUCUCACCUGCUGGGUCACAUUUCUGCACUUGUUAAACUGCAUGAUCAGGAGAACCCUAGUCAAAUGAACGCUGAAGACACUGCAAAUUUAGUAAGCUUUUUAGAAAAGCAAAAAACAAGAUAUCAAGUUGCUUCAAAAGAAAUAUCUGAACUAAAGAAGAGUCUAAUAGACAUACAGAAUUCAGAGAGUGGGUCGGCAAGCGAUGCAGUCCAGCAGCUGCGCAAUGAAGUGGCAACAAUUCGCUCAAGGCUGGUCGAUGCAGAGCAGAAAUCAAUUGACUUGGCAAAUGAUGUGAAUGUCCUGAGUCAGAUGAUGAACAGCAGAGAGGGAUCCAUGUCCAUAACCAAAAAUGAUCUGGGGACAAUCAGUGAGGAGCUUGCACAGUUGUAUCACCAUGUGUGCACAGUUAAUGGUGAGACACCCUCAAGAGUAAUGCUGGAUCACAGUAAACAGGGACAUACAGCAGAUAAAGGAGAUGAGGAAGAUCAUAAACCUUCGUCUCCUACUUUAGCUGCAACAAAUCUGGAGGCUCUCCGAUGUAAACUUCGUACUGACGUAACCCUCUCAGAUUUUGUGGACAACAGUGACCCAGUAGCAGUUCGUGCAAUUGUAGACACUAUUGUUGACCAGAUUCGGCAUCUUAAAAAGUCUGUGGAGCAUACAAUAGAGCUAAGCAAGGAGAAGGGUCUUGUCAGGGAGUCAGCAUCUUCAGAAAGUGGGCUGAGUGAGAGUGAGGUGCAGGAACUGCAGGAACAAGUGAUCAAGCUUAAGUCUCUUCUCUCAACAAAGAGAGAGCAAAUUGCAACUCUGCGUACCGUCCUAAAAGCAAACAAGCAAACAGCAGAGGUUGCUUUGGCCAAUCUAAAAUCUAAAUAUGAGACAGAGAAGAGUAUAGUGUCUGAAACUAUGAUGAAGCUGCGCAAUGAACUUCGACUUUUGAAGGAAGAUGCUGCCACAUUCUCUAGUCUGCGGGCUAUGUUUGCUGCCAGAUGUGAAGAAUACGUAACUCAGCUGGAUGAAGUGCAAAGGCAGCUAGUGGCUGCAGAAGAGGAGAAGAAAACUCUAAAUUCACUCCUGCGUAUGGCUAUUCAACAAAAAUUAGCCCUGACACAAAGAUUAGAAGAUAUGGAGUGUGACCGUGAAAGGUUCAACAUAAGAAAACACACGGGCAGUCGUGGACGUGCACACAGCUCCCGCUUUAAUAACCAGCCUCACAGUUCGCCCUCUCAACAUCAUUAUCAGCGUAGGGAUAAUUAUUAAGAUAAUUGGUUUGGAUAUGUGGCAUUUGAAUUGUUUUCCAUUGCUGUAUUGUACCAUUUUGUAAGGCCUUCUUCAAACUUCCAUCUUGUAGGUGGUUUUUAUAUUAUGACAGGAAGGAUUCAAGGUUCUUUUGAGAAGUAUUAACCAGAUAGAUAACCAUAAUGGGAAAGCAAAGUUUUUUUUUCUUCUUCUUCUUCUUCUUCUUCUUCUUCUUCUUCUUCCAACAAGUUGGCUGUCUCCCACCAAGGCAGGGUGACCCAAAAAGAAGGAAAAUCCCAAAAAGAAAAUACAUUCAUCAUCAUUCAACACUUUCACCUCACUCAUACAUAAUCACUGUUUUUGCAGAGUUGCCCAGAUACAACAGCUUAGAAGCAUAUAUAACAUGCCCCUCCAAACUGCCAAAAUCCCAAACCACUCCUUUAAAGUGCAGGCAUUGUACUUCCCAUUUCCAGUACUCAAGUCCAGCUAUAUAAAAAUAACUGGUUUCCCUGAAUCCCUUCACUAAAUAUUACACUGCUCACACUCCAACAGCUUAUCAGGUCCCAAAAACCAUUCGUCUCCAUUCUCUCCUAUCUAACACACUCACGCACGCUUGCUGGAAGUCCAAGCCCCAAGCUGGCUGUCUCCUACCAAGGCAAGGUGACCUGAAAAAGAAACAUUCACCAUCAUUCACACUAUAACUAUCUUGCCAGAGGUACAUGGAUAUGACAGUUCAGAUGUCCCUCCAAAAUGGCAAAUAUCUGAAUCCCUUCUUUAGAGUGCAGGCACUGAACUUCACACCUCCAGGACUUGAGUCGGGCUGAAUGGUUUCUUUGAAUCCCUACACAAAAUAUUACCCUGCUCGCACUCCAACAGCUCGUCAGGUUCCAUAAACCAUUUGUCUCUACUCACUCCUAUCUAACACGCUCACACAUGCCUGAUGCAUGUCCAGGCCCCUUGUACACAAAACCUCCUUUACCCUCUCCCAUGGGGAAGUGGAAAAGACUCUUUCCUCCAUAAGCCAUGUGUGUCAUAAGAGGCAUCUAAAAUGCCAGCACGGGGCUAGUACUCCUUUCUUUAUAACUUAUUAAUGUAAAAAGAAAACUUUCAUUUUUGCUUUUUGGGUCACCCUAUCCUGGUGGGAGACGGCCAGCGUGUUAAGAAGAAAGAUAUAUAUAUAAUUAUAUUAUGCAUGCAUAUACAUUGGUGCAUCAAACUGAAAUGAACGAUUGUCAAUGAAGAAAUAACCAACAUGGAGAAAAAAAACAGGGAGAAUAGUUGUCUGAAUAUUUGAGCCGUGACCUAAGAUACUCUUCCUAUUUUUGACUCUGUGGGGGUUAUUUCCUCUUAAGCAUUUUUAAUGCCUCAUUUUAUUUGAGUUGAGGUUUUUAUUAUAUAUUGUUACAGAUGUAUGGUAUUUUGUUAUUUAUGUCAUUUGUGUUUUAUGAAAUUGUUUCAAAAAUGAGACAUUUAAUUGAGAAACCUCUAAAUAUUAGGUACACUAGUUAACGAAUACUUUUAUCAAAAUGGUGUACAAUGUUGUUCACAGCGUCCAUGUUUAUAAAGAAUUUAACAAAUUGUGUAAAUGAUACCUGAUAGUUUAUAAGAUUCAAAAUUAAAAUAUUUAUUAAAUCAUAAUCUGAGAUAUAGAGUAUUGUACUAUAUUUACAUUCGAGCUUUUACCAAUUUUAAUUAAUUUUAUUUAUGAGCACUUUUAAAAGAUUCUGAUAUGAUAAUACAGUAAAAUGUCAUUUUAGAUGAAAUGGGUCGGGACCAAGCAAUUUAUGGAUGUAGAGUUUGUGAAGAAAUGAAAAUGACUUGUAAUGCAGUUAAAGCACUUAAAUAUAACAAAAAAAUUUUACAUUCUGCCUUGUACAAUAACAUGUAUAAUAGGCAACUGUAUAUUUUGAUUUAACUCUUACAGUAUAAAAUCAAAGCAGUCUGAUUACAUGGUGUAUGAAAAUAAACUUGUCACUGUAAUGCAUUAACCCACUGUUGAUCAGAAAGAUAUAUGCUAUAACUUGUUGCAUUGAUCGGUUUAGUGCUUAAUUUGAUUAUAUUAAUAUUUUUUUGCGUUGAGCACUGAUAAUCAAGGCAGGACGGUGGGCAUUUGCAUAGUCGCAUCUUAUACAAUGUGAAAUUAAAACCACCCAGUUUCAUAUGUUGAACUACAGUAUGCCAUACACAGUAAUACUUCAUUCACCAAAUGUUGGUCAGAAAGCAGUAUGUACAGUAGUAGCAUUCUCUGAAUGUUUUGCUUCUGAUUGACAUGCAACAUGACUAUGGAUUGGAGUGGUUAGGUGGGCAAGGCUAUAUUCUUAUCUCUAAGAAUUACAUUACAUAGCUUUCAGUAAAUCAUCAUGUCAUCAGCAGACCACUACACACAGGUCACAUUAGCAUCCAGUGGUUUUUUAGGUUCCAAGACCACCCAUAUUUUUUCUUGAUGUGAAAAAUAAUGGUCCUCUUAUAUAUAUAUAUAACACAGGCAUCUAAAUAAAAAUGUUUUCAGUAAAUUAUAUGCUGUAUAUGUUUGCUUAGUUAACAUGUAUGGAGAAUAGGUUGCCUCAACACACUAACACAGCAGAAACACAAGUUACUCGUAACUUUUAGGGUUGUUUAGGGCCAAAACAGCAUAAGCUGUAUUAAACCCCUCCCAUAAGACAAUAGAGGAAAUUUCCUCACUGAUACCCAGGGCUUGUGCAGAAGUUCCUGUAUAACUCUGUAUAUACUAAGAUGCAGCAUAUAACCAGAAAAUGAGACUAUGCAGAAUCUGAAGCACUCUGGCUUCCAACCAUAGCACACUCAUACAGGAUAUUUAGGAUCUUUUUAUAAUUUUCUUUUUUGAAAUGGUUUUGUCCCUAGUGACAUCAAAUUUUUGGUGCUGAAUAUUUAAUGCUUAAUUAUGUCACUGCAUAAGAUUCAUUUCCUAAAUGCUCCUAUAGUCAAAAUACAAUAAUAUUUGUAAUAGGAGGUAGUGAAAGUGCAGUAUCCAUUAGUCAGCAAGCUUUGCAUUCUCACUGCUGUACUUGUUAGGUUAACAAGGAUGAUCCAGGUCUAGGAGUGAGGGUUCCUGUGAGUGUUUCACUUGUUAGCACAUUAGCCUUGUAGAAGAGUGCUAACAUAUAAUAUUUUAGUGAAUCUAAUUUUCAUAUCUAAAGCUCUUGAGCAUUUUCAGUUACUCUUGCAUGUUACUGCUGUGUACAUUGAUGGAUCAGAAUCCUCUGAUGUAGGAUAUGUAACAGUUUUUUGCAUAGUGUUACAGGGAUACUUACUGGAUAUUGAUAACAUUUUCACAGCAGUUAUAUAUGCAUUUCUUGCAGCUAUCAUCCAUAUGGCAUCUGUUCUCACCUAGUCUUUUCUUGUAGUCUUUGACUGUGCAUUACAAGUGCUUUGGAGUUUUGACUUGUUGCAUCAAAUCGUUCUUCCAAUUUAACUCUGGCUAUGUUACUUGAUCACCAAGCAUGAAGACAUCCUUUGUAGCUGGGUCCCUGCACAUUCCAUGGUUCAGAACCUCUCUCACACACAGAUACACUUCAGACUAUUUUCCAGUUUUGAGGAGAAUUCCAGAUUGAUGACAGUAGCAUUGGUUAGAGGAGUCUGCAAGUUCAUGCCCUUUGCACCAGAAUGAUACAAUAUAUCAAGACUAACACAAGAUUGAAAAUACCCAAUCUUGUGCUGAACAAUACAAGAUCUGAUUUUGAAUUUUUUUGCAUGUCCUGGGGAUGCUAUAUUUGGAGUUUCAUUGCCUGAUGCAAUGUAGUUGUUCAUAAUGUCUUAUACAUUAUAGUCUAGGUACUUUUGUGAAUGGCAAGGUACUCUUGCCAUUCACGUCAUUAUUUCUAAAAUGCAUUCAUCCUAUAAACUGCAGCCCUUCGCACAGCCUCUGUUCAAUGGCAAUGCAGGUUCGGCAGUCAACAACAGUCUAUGCUCUUUCACCAGUAGCAGUGCCGAGGUACAGUCUACAUGAACCUGGAAUGGACUAGCUCUUUGUUGCUGAAUCCUGCUGGACACCACAGUUUGCACUGCUGUGCAAACAGCAGGACAAUCCCUGCUCUCCUAGUAUGAAUGGGAGUUUUCUCCAGAACUCAAUCCUGAUUUGUCCCCUUUCCCAAACAUAUCAAACUUUGGUGUAUGCAUUAGUGGGUAACCACCAAUUAAACUGCUAACUUCAUCAGUUGAAAGAGGUAGGCUAGUUGCAGCAGUCAUUUCUUCAUCAGUCAUUUUGUCUGUCUAGUUUAUGUAAAUUCUCCACAAUCAGUCCUUGCACCUGAAAUUAGCCAUUUUAAAUCGAGGCAAGAUGGCCCAAAGAAGGAAACAAAUUCUCCAUCACUUGUUCUCUAGUUGGCUUUUCCAGAAAAUUAAAAUAGCUUGCCAAAUUGCAACAUCAUUGGACUUAGCAGAUCAAAUAUAAUUUUGUUUUUCUAAUGAAUUUGUAUAUUAAUGCUAUGAGACCAGUAGAAUAUUUCAUGAGAUAUACGCUAAUGUUUGCGCCUUAGCCGGGUCCAUACACUUGUCUCCAUAAUGUGAAUUUAAGGGUUUGAACCUAAAGUGUUUCAUACACAUUUUUAUUACUAUGUGUAAAAAGAAGGUAAAUUAUAGUUUUCUUCUUUUUCGGGUCACUCUGCCUUAGUGGGAGACGGCCGGUAUGUUAAAAAAAAUUGCCAUGGACAUCAUUAUUAAGCAAAUUGUUGCUCUGCUGGAAAAAGGGGAUUUUUAUUAGGUUGACAUUCCAUUACCAUGGGAUUUUACUGUAAUAAUUUUGCUUCUCUUGUUCAUGGUACAGACUUGUAGGCAUAUCUGUAGAAAAAAAAAAGUGGAGAUAUUUUAUUUCAUAUUACUUUUAAAGGCUAGGGUGAAGUCCAUGGUUAGUGAAGGUAUACCUAUACUGUGAAUUAGGAAUAUGUUGUGCCCAUUUUUAUCUCUUGUGGUAAAUGGGUUACAGCUUAAGUCUAAAUCUGAGGAGUGCAGCUAAGAUAUUUCUGCACUAGUAAGUGGAUGAUGAUAAAAUUGAUCUUUUGAAGUGCUUGUUUUAAGAAAUUGCUAGUAAAUAUUUUAAUCAAAAUCGAGAAUCUCAAAUUGAUUAUUAGCCGUUGUACUGACUACAUCCUUUUCGAUAGCAGGAAGGCUUACUUAAGAUGGAUUCCAUAAAUUGGCAUAUGUAAACCACCCCUACACUCCAUUAACUCCCUCAAGUACAUACACUUUAAAGAAAAAAAAAUUGUAUACUUGGUAAUCGCUAAUGAAUGAACACACGUGCACACACUUGUGCACGCAUAGCAUUUACAUGUGCACGUGCACUUAUGCACGUACACACUUACACAUCUUGUAUCUCAUGCUCACUCUCACUGAAGUUAGAAUACCUGGUACAUUAUGCAGCCUUAGUAUCCACAUGUAAAAAAUAAGUUGCAACAUAACUCUUAAAGCUAAGAUAUAUAAAUUCUGAAAACAUUAUAAAUAUGCAUUCAGAAAUAAAUAUACCAAUGGAAGAAGAGGAAAAGAAAAACUUAAGAAGUGCGAGAUACUAACUGAGUGUUGCACUAUAUUUAGAGUUAUUAGAAGUGUUCUUGAUCCUCAAAGUACACAUUUAUAUGGAAGCCGUUGCUAAAACUAAAGUAACAAGCUAUAACAUACAGUACAUAUUGGAUAGUCAAACAAAGCAUUAGGAUCAGAUGAGAUCAUUCUGUUAUAAGUUAAUAUGCAAGAGAACUAAGCUAUCCAAUUUAAAUUUUGGAACUACAUUACAUAUAGGUAAGCUGGCACCCAAAUGGUAAAUGGCCACAAAUUAUGCUGAUAUAAAAGAAAAUGUUAGGGAAGACAAGCAUCUCACUUAGAGUUGCUGUAAUAAACUGAAAAAGCCAUUGAAGUUGAUAAAACUGCAGAGUACAGUACUUCUGUUAAUGGUUAAAUUUUAGAUUGGAAAAUAUCAUUCAGUAAAUCCAUUAUAUUCAACUACUAUAAUAGUUAAAUUCUGCAGAAGAAAUUGAUGGUCAAAUCAUAUUAACUUCUAUUUAAAAAAAGCUUAGAAUAUGUUACAGUAGAUGACAUUUGGAAGAAAUAUCGAGAUAUUUAUGAUUAUUGGAGCCCCAGUAGUGCAUGGUUUCAUUGAUUAUAUCAUUUGCAUUAUGUUGUCACAUUUGUUUAAUUUCAUCUUAAAUAAACUUCCUGAUCUGUCUUUUAUAAUUUGGGUCCACAUAUUUUACAUGACCUUUUCAGCUGGUGUUUAAGUUAUUCUGAUGUUUUAAUUUCACUUAUUUAUUUGUGUGAAUAUCAGACUCUUGCUACAUGUUUGUUUUAUAAAGAUAUUAAGUACUGGAUUGUGUUCACUGAUGUUUUUAUUUACUAUCAUCUGAAUAACAAUGAAACUUAUUUGUAUAUUAUGUAACAAUUAAUUUUAAGUUCAGUAUUUCAUUUUAUUCAGGUUUAUAAAUGACAAAUUAUUUGAAGUGGCCAAUAUUUGGCUGGAGCAUCUUGCGACUUUCCUCGCUAUUAUUGUUGGAUUUGUGUUUACUUUGUUGUUGAUGUCUUAAGUGUUUUGCUGGAAUGUGGGAACAGUUACACCAUAUCAUCAUGUCCCAGAGACAUAUAGCUGCUUUGAAGCUGAUGUGUUAUAUAGUGCUAUGAAAUAUCAGCAUAUUUUACUAGUCGAACAUAGACACUAAUGGUUUAGACUUGAGAUACAGAAGUUAUUGAAAAACAGUCAUUUUUACAUACUGUAGUACAGUAAUGAUUGAGCUUCAACAUUUUUAGAAUCUCAUGGGAACACAGUCGCUGUGGAGAUGAGUAAGGAAGAAGUCUAGUUUUUGUGUUUCAAAGUUGAAGGAAGUUCAUGCAUGUGGAUGAUGCAAAGUACAUUAAUAAGAUGUGGAAGUGUUGUGCUUGUUGCACUUGGUUGUACAUUUUUAUUAAUUGAGCUGUUAUAUCCUGCAGCUAAUCCAGACAAGAAUAUGUUAUGCUUUAUUGUAGAUUAAAGCUGGUUGUAAUCUGUCCAAAUAUCAGAAAUCCCACUGAAGAAACAAUUUUGGGGAAGAAUUUCUUUGACAUAAUUUAUAAGGAAAUUUGAAGUGCAUUGAGAUUUUAGCAGUAUGUAGUAAAUACAAAUUAAAAACAUAGGGAUAAUGGGGAUUCUCAAAAUGCGAGCUCUACGUUUUUGGUCAAGAAAAGUAAUGAAGUGUUGUGAGCUCACAGUAUUGUCUUAAAUGGUCCAUAGCCUAAAUGCUACACUGGAACCUCAGUACUCGAACUUAAUUCAUUCCAGAAGGCUGUUCGAGUGCCGAUCUGUUUGAGUAUUGAGCAAAUUCUUCCCAACCAUUUUCUUUUGGUUGGCUGUUAUCACCAGUUUUCAUAGGCCCCAUGGUGACUUGUUUAUACAAAUAAUAUAAAAAAAAACACCAAAAAAUGCAAAGAAACACGAAAUAGUUUACAGCGAAGUUCUGGCAGGUCAUGUUUGAUCAAGUGCCGAGCUUUGUUCGAGUAGGGAGUUGUUUGAGUAUCAAGGUUCCACUGUACACAGUUAUAUAUUUUAUUCAUGCAGUUCUUAUAGAGCCUGGAAACUAAUUUUGCACUUUGAGUAUUCUCAUAUAACCUCAAGACAUGUUUGCUCUUUGUGUUAGGGAAAAAGUGAGAGAGUUUGCUUUGUGGAACACCUUGUGGGUGUGACUUGUAACACUUCUUCAAAAAGGAAGCCAUUGUGUUUAUUUUUAAGAGCUCUUAUUAAUAUCUGAUAAAUAUUCACUCAUUAUUUACUAAUCUUAACACAAUAAUAGCUUCUUACAGUUUACAGAACCAAUUGAUUAAUUUGUAGUAAGCAAAAAUGCAAUUUUACCAUAUAAUAAUGAUUUGCAGUGUAGUUGAAUACGGUUGUAUGAAGUUGAGUGAACCAGGACACAGCUUGGUAUAUUUAACUGGUGUUUCAUUGUAGCGUUGACUCCCAAUAAAGAUAUACAUGGCCAUAAGCAGCAUUCAGAAUAUCUGUACAUAAACUUCUCUUUUAGUAUCAGCUACAAAAGCUAAAAAAAAAAAAUAAAUGAAGUUUCAUUGAAUUUGUAUUUAGUAUUUAUUUAUUGUAACAAGUCUUGUUAAACUUGUGUCAUGCAUUUGUUAUACUAAUAUAAUAUGGCUGAAUUCUUAUAAAUAGUUGCUAAUAGAAUUUGACCCUUUUAUUAUAAAUAAUGUUUGGACUCAAAAUAGUAAUUAGUUUGAGUUUCAUUAACAUUGUUCACAUUUCACUUCCUCCCCAGUGGAUUUUGUCUGCAUGGAAUCCAAGUUAAUUUAGUCUUUGGGCAUCUUGUCUAGAUCAUUUUUUUUUUUUUUUAAAUGCAUGUUUUUAACUUUGUGAUUUUGGUAAAUGGUUCAGCUAACCUAUUUUUUACUGUCGUAAUUUAUUACCUGUAAGAACUCUCACAUUUAGCAGCAUUGUGUAGUUAUUCUAGUAAUGUCUUUUGGAUAUGACUCCCAGAAUUGAAUACCUUAUUUGGGAAAUUUGGUGUGCACAGCUUUUGUCUGUUAUUAUACUAGAAACCAACCAACUGUGAAUUUUGCUAGUUAUGAAAUCUUGAUAAGUUUUUGUGAAUUACUUUAGUGGGAGGUGAAUUUUCAAUUAUUUUUUCUAAUGCUAAGAAUUCAAGGCAUACUGAAUUUUCAUCUGUUAAAAUUCAUUUUGGCAGAUGGCUCUGCAAGAGGGUGCCUUACAUUUUUAUAGGCACUCGAGUUUUGAGGUGAUGAAGCUGCUCCGAAUUUUGAAGUGUGUUCUGGAGUUACUGUACUUAAAUGGUUAUAUUUUCCUCAUGAAUAUUGAAGUAUCAAACACAGUAUUUUUAUUUGUAUCCUAUGAAUCAAUGUUGCACAUAAAUUAAUAAUACUAUAGUCAACCAUAUUGUUUCAGUGUAGCUGAUCGGCAGGAGAUACUAUUGCUGGGAGUCGGGUGAAAUGCCUUACAUUAUUAAUUGAGGAACUGGUUAGCAAUGUGCUUAAAAAUACCAACAGCAACCCCUCUGCUUGGAUGUUACGGUUUAGCAGAACCACAUUUAACAUAUUUUUCUCGUCUGCUUAACACCCAGAAAGAGGUAAAAUAGCUCUGUAGUAAUCAGCGAAGUAUCUCCACAUACUUGGCAAGAUUAACCUAAUCUACUUGCCAAUAUAACAUCUGAGGAAAAGGUAACUAGAGCACUCAGCCAAGUUUCUUUCCAUACCUGGCAAGAUUUAAGUUUAAAGUGUGGUUCUAGUAUGCCUUUUUUUUUUUUUUUUAAGAAAGGUAUCAUUGGCAGGUCUUGGAUUAGGGAAAUAUGGUGCAUUUUAUGCCAAUCUUCUCAGGUGGUGAGUGGUUGAGUAGUCUUCAGACUAGUGUGAACUGGUAGCAUUUAUGUAUGAUUACCAUAGUACUUCAUGCCAUCUUUUUAUAUUGAUUUCUAGUAAAACCAUUACAUAAAAAUUUAUUCUAAAAUUCGCGUGAUAUGAGGAUAUUACUUUGUGAUAAACCGUGUACUGUACAUGUCAUUUUUUUUAAUUACCAUAAGAUAUAUGCAGACAAGAUUAGAUUUAGUAUGUGGGAAAAUACUCUAUUGAGGAUUAUGAAAGUUAUUGGUAUAUACAUGCCACGAUCUCUAUUCCCUGAUUUGGGUAAAAUGCUGCUAGUAGGGGAAUUUUCUUAAAUUUUGGAUUUCUAAGAUCACUAUUAUUUUAGAUUUAUAUGGAAAUUAAUAAACAUUUAAUAAAUUUAUCUAUUUUACUAGAAAUUGUUCUACAGAUUAUUGGCUCAUUAAAUACUUAACAUCCAUGAGAUAAACAAACGUCUUUCACAAUCAUGUGUAAGUACAGAAAUAGUCACUACAUCAUCUACGGCAUUUUUACUUUUGUAUCUGUAAUUCUUCACUGAGGAUUGUAAACUUAUUUGUACAAUAGUAUCCUAUUUGCAAUAAAAAUGAAAAAUAA